AUGUCUUCCCCGUCAUCCAGCUCCACGACAGUUGCCUUCUUCGGGGCAACUGGCGGCGUCACUAACGCGGCGCUCGCGCACACUCUGAAGGCCGGGUACAAGGUGAUUGCGCUUGUCCGGAAUCGCGAGAAGCUGUGCAACCUGCUCGCCAGCCAAGGCUUCGACGAAGUAACCAUCGCAAAGCACCUCACCAUUGUCGAAGGCAAUGCCCUCGACGUCGCCGCCGUGAAACGGACUUUGACUGCUGGUGCCGAUGGGGCUCUUCCAACGCACAUCGUCACCGGACUCGGCAGUGCUGGCCGCCUGACAUUCAACUGGUGCCAUCCAGGCAACAUUGUGAAACUCGACAAUCCCACGAUCUGUGAAACAGCCGCGCAGACUCUGCUGACAGCGAUGCGUGAGAUCUAUGCCGAAAAGCCUUGGCUCUCAACCGAUAAGCCGCUUUUGAUCUUUAUCUCUACCACAGGCGUCACGCGCGGACCUGACGAUGUCCCCUUUGCCAUGCGCUUCCUGUAUCAUCAGAUGCUCGCUAUUCCGCACGCAGACAAAAUGAAAAUGGAGGACGCCUACCGUGCAGACGCUGAGAAGGACGACGACGCCGUAUUCCGCAACAUAGUGGGAAUUCGACCAACAUUGCUGACUGGUGGUGCCUCGUACACCGAUGCCGUUGGGCUGGACCAUGUCAAAUACGGGACCGAAUCGCAUCCGGCCACUGGCUUCAGCAUCAAGAGAGCUGAUGUCGGGCAUUGGGUCUUUGAGAACCUGAUCGACGAGGCGCAGAGAAGGAAGGAGUUGGAGGGUGAAAUGAUUACAUUGACGAGUUAA